UCCCGAAUGAGCCAAAUGCAUUAUAACUUUUAGCAAAAUGUAACUUUAACGUAGUUUUACACCUACACUGCCCUGAAUUUAAGCAAUAAGCCGUCCAUUGGGGGGCUUGAGCACCAGAAUGACAUACAAGGACUACAUUUCCCAUAUUGACAGUGGCUUCUGACGUUCAAUCUAUGCGUCAAUCUUUACAGUCUUCGAAGAAGGUUAAUACAAAAUACUAAGUCACCAUGGUGAUGAAGUCAGCAGUUGACGAUGAUGAUGCUGGCUGGGGGCUGGGCAUCCCAGAAAAGAUGAAGAACAAUGCCAACUGGGUUGAUAUUACACAUGAAUUCAAGGGUGCAUGCAAAGAGUUGAACCUUGGGGAGUUGCUUCAUGACAAACUGUUUGGCCUAUUUGAGGCCAUGUCAGCCAUAGAGAUGAUGGAUCCUAAGAUGGAUGCAGGGAUGAUUGGAAACCAGGUCAACAGGAAGGUGCUCAACUUUGAACAAGCUAUUAAGGAAGGUGCCAUCAAGGUUAAAGACCUUAGUCUUCCUGAACUCAUUGGGAUCAUAGACACGUGUUUCUGUUGUUUGAUCACAUGGCUGGAAGGCCACUCCCUGGCUCAGACUGUGUUCACGUGUCUGUACGUCCAUAACCCCGACCUGAUUGAGGAGCCGGCCCUGAAAGCCUUUGCCCUGGGAAUCCUGAAGGUUUGUGACAUUGCCCGAGAGAAAGUCAACAAGGCUGCUGUUUUCGAGGAGGAGGAUUUCCAGGCCAUGACCUAUGGCUUCAAGAUGGCCAAUAAUGUCACAGACCUACGGGUGACAGGUAUGCUAAAAGAUGUGGAGGAUGAGUUACAGAGGAAAGUUAAGAGCACACGCAGUCGACAGGGUGAGCAGCGAGACCCCGAGGUUGAACUGGAGCAUCAGCAGUGCUUGGCUCUUUUCAAUAGAAUCAAGUUCACACGCCUUCUUCUGACUGCACUGAUUGCCUUUACCAAAAAAGAGACCAGUUCAGUGGGCGAAGCUCAGAAGCUUGUGGUUCAGGCAGCGGACCUCUUAUCAGCCAUUCAUUCCAGUAUUCAGCACGGCAUCCAGUCACAGAAUGACACCACUAAAGGAGACCACCCCAUCAUGAUGGGGUUUGAACCUCUGGUCAACCAGAGACUGCUGCCACCUACCUUUCCUCGCUAUGCCAAGAUUAUUAAGAGGGAGGACAUGGUGGCCUACUUCAGCAAACUUAUAGAACGUAUCAAGACCGUCUGUGACGUGAUCAACACCACCAACCUACACGGCAUACUGGACUUCUUCUGUGAGUUCAGUGAGCAGUCUCCCUGUGUGCUCUCCAGAUCUCUACUUCAAACAACGUUCCUGAUAGAUAACAAGAAAGUGUUUGGCACCCACUUGAUGCAGGACAUGAUUAAAGAUGCUCUGAGAUACUUCGUCAGCCCACCUGUCCUCUCCUACAAGUGUUGUCUGUUUAACAAUCACCAGGCCAAGGACUACAUUGACUCCUUUGUUACGCACUGCUCCAGGCCAUUCUGUAGUCUGAUCCAGAUCCACGGACACAACCGAGCUCGACAGAGAGACAAGCUGGGUCACAUUCUUGAAGAGUUUGCCACACUGCAGGAUGAGGCAGAGAAGGUGGAUGCUGCGCUGCAUAGCCUUCUGAUGAAACUUGAGCCUCAGCGACAGCAUCUAGCCUGUCUUGGCACCUGGAUCCUCUACCACAACCUGAGGAUCAUGAUCCAGUACCUGCUGAGUGGCUUUGAACUGGAACUUUACAGCAUGCAUGAGUACUACUACAUCUACUGGUACCUGUCAGAGUUCCUUUAUGCAUGGCUGAUGUCCACUCUGAGCAGAGCCGACUCCUCUCAGAUGGCAGAGGAGCGGAUAAUGGAGGAGCAGCUGAAAGGACGCAGCAGCAAAAAGACCAAGAAGAAGAAGAAAGUUCGGCCCCUCAGCAAGGAGAUUACCAUGAGUCAAGCAUACCAGAACAUGUGUGCUGGCAUGUACAAGACCAUGGUAGCUCUGGAUAUGGACGGAAAGGUACAUAAGCCACAGUUUGAGCUGGACAGCGAGCAGGUUCGCUAUGAGCAUCGCUUCGCCCCCUUCAACAGUGUGGUCACCCCCCCACCUGUGCACUACAUCCAGUUCAAGGAAAUGUCAGAUCUGAAGAAGUACAAUCCUCCGCCAGGCUCUGCUGACCUCUACCUGGCAGCCAGCAAACACUUUCAGCAGGCUAAGCUUAUCCUAGAAAAUGUCCCCAGCCCAGAUCCCGAGGUGAACCGUAUACUGAAGGUGGCCAAACCCAACAUUGUUGUUAUGAAGCUCCUGGCUGGAGGUCACAAGAAGGAGACCAAGGUUCUCCCAGAGUUUGACUUCUCAGCUCAUAAGUACUUCCCCGUGGUCAAGAUUAUCUGAUUCUGCUCUGCAUCACAGGAUGAGCAUCAGCUGUACCUGAACAACUGUGCAAUGGCCCUGAUCCAGUCUAUGUCUGUGUUAAAUGAAAACACAGUGUGUGUGUGUGUGUGUGUGUGUGUGAUACACCCAACUGUAAAGCUGUGUAAAGGAGUGUUUGAUACACCUCUUUUUUCACAUGAAUGAUAAAUGUGACAUGAGAAACCAGACCAGAGAAGUCACAACUGGACCUAAAUGAGCAACAACAUCCACAUCUGCAUCAGUGAAAGUCUGUGUUUGUGUAUGACUGUGAGUGGGUGCAUGUGUGUGUGUGUGUGUGCAGUUUAGACACAAGUCAAGGUGCUUUUGGACAAAGAACUGGCCAAUUGAAAUUUUUAUAAGCCACCACCAGAACAGUCUUGUUAAGGCUUAAGAAUAAUGCUGUAAUGAUGAUGGGUGCAUAUCAUUAAAUCAUAUGAAACCUU